GGAAUCACUUGUCUAAAGUUAUAAAACUCAGACGUCAGCCUGACAAUCGAAACCUAUAUUUUGUAAAACUAGCUUCAAAUUUAAAAUUUAGUUGUCUGCCACAUAUCCAAAUUAAUUCUAAAUAAUUUGCAUCAAGGCAAACGGGACAAACAUUAAGGAAUGCCUAAAUUACACCCACACCAAAGCCACCCAAAGGAACAAAAAACUGAAGUAACAAGCGUUGAAGACAAAAAUCAACAGAAAGUCGAACAAAAAGAUCAGAUUGUACCCAAGGUAUCGGAUAUCAAAGCGCUGCAGUUGAACGGGUUUUAUUUGAGCAAGAAAAUUGGCAAAGGUGCUUUUGCAACGGUCUACGAAGCAACGUUUGUGGAUCAGAAAAAUGGGCGGAAAUCGAGACUGGCGUGCAAAAUUGUGAAUAAAGCGAAAACUCCGCGAGAUUUUCUCAGUAAAUUUUUCCAAAGAGAAUUGGACAUUUUAAUGAAAGUGGAACAUCGAUUCUUGAUUCAAACGCACACUAUAUUGGAACGGAAUGCUAAAGUAUUUAUAUUCAUGAGCCUAGCUAGCAACGGAGAUAUUUUGGCCUACGUACAAAAUUACGGAGCUGUCAACGAUAGUCUAGCAAAAAUCUGGUUUUAUCAAAUGACCAAAGGUUUGGACUAUCUACAUUCAAUGAAUAUUGCCCACAGAGACUUAAAAUGUGAAAAUGUUUUGCUGUCGAAAAAUUACAAUGUUAAGUUGGCCGACUUCGGCUUCGCGAGAUACUGCAGCGAUCGUGUUGGGAAUAGAAUCUUGUCUGAAACAUUUUGUGGUUCAACAUCCUAUGUGUCACCGGAAAUAGUGUCUGGUAUUCCAUACAAUGCUAAAAUCGCAGACAUUUGGUCGUGUGGUGUCGUUCUAUUUGUGAUCUUGAACUCGUCCAUGCCAUUCGAUGAUUCGAACAUGAAAAAACUGCUGAAGGAUCAGUGUAAUCGUAGCUAUAAAUACAACGGCAAGGUGGCCGAUUCGAUAUCUCAAGAAGCAAAAUGCACAAUCAAUUGUCUGUUGGAACCCGAUGCCCUCAAGCGGCCGAAUACAACACAAAUUUUGAUGUUAGAUUGGUUACAAAAACCUUGAUCAGACUAAGAAGAGAUAAAAUCAGUGAAAAACUCCUAAAAGGAAGAUGUGAAACAGAUCGCUGUACAUACUUCCAAUUCAACUGUAAUCGUUUUAGCUGAGAAAGAAAAUAAAAAAAUUGCGAAAAAAAAUGUUUCCGUAGGGGCGUAGAUUGAAAUACAAUAAGCAUUGUUUUGGAGGUUUGUCCAGAGACUUGCGUCACAUUUCC